AGCAUGGGCGCCCAUCCGCGUGGAGCCGGGGUCGCGGGGCUCCCGCUGCUGCUGCUGCUGUCCCUGCUGGUGCUGCCGCCAGUGGCCUUGGCCUCCGAGGCCGAGCACCGUCUGUUUGAGCGGCUGUUCGAGGAUUACAACGAGAUCAUCCGGCCGGUGGCCAAUGUGUCCGACCCAGUCAUCAUCCAGUUCGAGGUGUCCAUGUCCCAGCUGGUGAAGGUGGACGAAGUCAACCAGAUCAUGGAGACCAACCUGUGGCUCAAGCAAAUCUGGAACGACUACAAGCUGAAGUGGAACCCCUCUGACUACGACGGCGCAGAGUUCAUGCGCGUCCCCGCGCAGAAGAUCUGGAAGCCAGACAUCGUGCUCUACAACAAUGCUGUCGGGGACUUCCAGGUGGACGACAAGACCAAAGCUCUCGUCAAGUACACGGGGGAGGUGACUUGGAUCCCGCCCGCCAUCUUCAAGAGCUCGUGCCGGAUUGACGUGACCUACUUCCCAUUCGACUACCAGAACUGCACCAUGAAGUUUGGCUCCUGGUCCUACGACAAGGCCAAGAUCGACCUGGUCCUCAUUGGCUCCUCCAUGAACCUCAAGGACUACUGGGAGAGUGGCGAGUGGGCCAUCGUGCAAGCCCCCGGCUACAAGCACGACAUCAAGUACAACUGCUGCGAGGAGAUCUACCCCGACGUCACAUACUCGCUCUACAUCCGCCGCCUGCCGCUCUUCUACACCAUCAACCUCAUCGUGCCCUGCCUGCUCAUCUCCUGCCUCACCGUGCUGGUCUUCUACCUGCCGUCCGACUGCGGCGAGAAGGUCACGCUGUGCAUCUCUGUGCUGCUCUCCCUGACCGUGUUUCUCUUGGUCAUCACCGAGACCAUCCCGUCCACCUCGCUGGUCAUCCCACUCAUCGGUGAGUACCUGCUGUUCACGAUGAUCUUCGUCACGCUGUCCAUCGUCAUCACUGUCUUCGUGCUCAACGUGCACUACCGAACGCCCACCACGCAUACCAUGCCCGCCUGGGUGAAGACCGUCUUCCUGCACCUGCUCCCCAAGGUCAUGUUCAUGACCAGGCCGGCAGGCGGCGAGGGCCCCGGCCAGAAGCCGAGGACAGCCUGCAACGCCGAGCUCUCCAACCUCAAGUGCUUCAGCCGCGUGGAGCCCAGAGGCGGCAAGGAAGGCUGCGCCUGCCAGGACGGGACGUGCGGCCAGUGCCACCACCACAGGAUAAAAAUCUCGAAUUUCAGCGCCAACCUCCCGAGAAGCUCCAGUUCGGAGUCCGUGCACGCCGUGCUGGCCCUUUCGACGCUGUCGCCGGAAGUCAGAGAAGCCGUCCAGAGCGUCAGGUACAUUGCCGAAAACAUGAAAGCGCAAAACGAAGCCAAAGAGAUUCAGGAUGACUGGAAGUACGUGGCCAUGGUCAUUGAUCGUAUCUUCCUGUGGGUUUUCAUCCUGGUGUGCAUCCUGGGGACGGCGGGGCUGUUCCUGCAGCCUCUGCUGGCAAGGGACGAGGCAUGAGGCCGUGUUGGGUUGGCCGGCGGCUCACCGGCCUGGGCAUGGGGCGCGUUUGUUCCUUCUGGUGGGAAACGUCGCUCCCCUAGGAUGUGGCCCAUGCCCAUCAUUGGGAGGCACCCACUUCUGUGCAGGACCUCCAGCUGUCACCCCCACCUCCAGACCCUCCUCAUCCCGGAAACCACGAGCCCCCCGCCCCUCUCCCCUGGGACCCCCAUGCCACUGUUUGUAGGAUUUUGACUGAGGACCCCAUAUAAGUGAAUUAUGCAAUACUCGUCUUUUUGUGACUGCAUCCUUUCCCCGAGCGUAAUGCCCUCCAGGC